AAUACCCUAAAAUAUAUACCUACCCAGUUGCCAGUUGGGAUGAUGAUUGUGCCUAGCUAUUCGAGUGCAAAUUUCCUCAUAAUCUCAACGCAUUAUAAAGACCCCAACGAGGAAGUCUCAAUCCAGAAAGAGAGCAGAGAGCAGAGAGCAGAGAGCAGAGAGAAGAAGAAGAAGAAGAAAUUGAGGAGAAUGGGUGGUGCAGGAGGAGUAGCAGUGGUGGUGGUGAUAUUAAUCCUGUCGGAGUGGACAAGAGGAGGCAAUGCCGCACAACAUGUGGUGGGUGGGAGUCAAGGAUGGGAUGUCUCUGCUGAUCUAACCACUUGGGCAUCUUCCCAUACUUUCAAAGUAGGAGACCAACUGGAGUUCAAGUACACAGUGGGGUUGCACAGUGUAGUGGAACUGGGGAGCGAGAGUGAAUACAAGAAUUGCAACAUAGGGAAUGCUGUGACCACCAUGAAUGGAGGGAAAGAUAUGGUGAAGUUAAGUAAGGUUGGGACAAGGUACUUCGUUUGUGGCACUCCAGGUCACUGUGCUCAGGGCAUGAAGCUCAAGGUCAACACCCUUGCUGCUUCUGUUGCUUCUGCCAACACUACUGAUUCCUCUUCUUCAUCUUCUUCUUCUUCUACCCUAAAAUCUUAUUAUGUUUACUUGGUUCUCACAAUGCUAUUGGUGGUAUCCAUCACCAUUAAUUUCUCUUCUUACAGUAAAUAGUUAGUUAAGAUGUGUGAUUUUUUCGAUGAAACCGGAUUGUAUAUCUCAUGGUCUUCUGUGUUCAGAUAUGAGAGAGA